UCUCCUGCCAGGCCCUCUGCUAGAUAGUGAGCCAGUGAUUCGCCAUGUCGGCCAAAGCCAUCUCAGAGCAGACGGGGAAGGAAUUCCUCUACAAGCACAUCUGCACCUCGGCGGCCGUGCAGAACCGCUUCCGCUACGCCAGUGUCACCUCAGAGACGGACUGGGACCGCUUGACGCAGGACCACCCAUGGCUACUGACCGAGGUACAAUAAAAUAGUAUUGUCUUCCAGCAAGGACAUUUUUCUCACCUUCUUGUACAUUAACAAAUAAUCACACAGUGCUAGGCGUUGUCACAAUACCAGUUUCAUGAUACUGAUACCCAAUUUUCCUGUUUUACCUGAUUUGGCUUUGUCAUUAUGGGGUAUUGUGUGUAAGUUGAUGAGGGGGGAAAAAACAAUUUUAAUCAAUUUUAGAAUAAGGCUGUAACGUAAUAAAAUGUCAAAAGUCAAAGGGUCUGAAUACUUUCUGAAUGCACUGAUACAUAUAAAGUGGGUAAAACGGUAUGUAACAUUGUUUAAUGACUAAGGUUCAAGGCAGGGUACUGGGUGGAGGCCGGCUAUUCCUGACUGUUUAACAGUCUAAUGGCUUGGAGACUGAAGCUGUUUAUCAGUCUCUCGUUCCCAGCUUUGAUGACCUGUACUGUCUCUGCCUUCUAGAGCGGGGUGAACAGGCUCUGGCUCAGGUGGCUGAGGUCCUUGAUUAUCUUCUUGGCCUUCCUGUGACACCACGUGCUGUAGAUGUCCUGAAGGGCAGGUAAUGUGCCCCCGGUGACAUGUUGAGCUGACCGCACCACCCUCUAGAGAGCCAGAUGGUGCAAUUGCCAUACCAGGUGUUGAUACAGCCCGACAGGAUGCUCUCCGUCGGCGGCUCGAGGUUUUCUUUGAAGCAGGCGUAGGUGUUUAGCUUGUCUGGGAGUUCGGCGUCUGUGUGUGCGAUGUAGCUGGCUUUCGCUUUAUAAGCUGUGAUUUUCUGGAGUCCCUGCCACAUGCAUUUCGUCUCUGAGCCGUUGAAUUGCGACUCCACUUUGUCCCUGUACUGUCAUUUGAUUGCCUUAGGAGUCCUAGCUGGUUUGUUUGUACACGUCCAUGUUCCCAGUCACCUUGCCAUGGCUAAAUGCGGUGGUUCGCACUUUCAGUGUUGCGCAAAUGAUGCCAUCUAUCCACUGCUUUUGGUUAGGGUAAGUUCAAAUCGUCACAGUGGGAACAAUAUCCUUUUAUACAUUUCCUGAUGAACCCAGUCACUGAGUCAGUGUAUACGUCGAUACUAUUCUGAUGCGACCCGGUACAUUUCCCAGUCCGCUUGAUCAAAACAAUCUUGAAGCAUAGAUUCCGAUUGGUCAGACCAACGUUGAACAGUCCUUACCAUGAGUGCUUCCUUUAGUGGCGUGAUCUGAUUUGCAGAAGGGAGGGCCUUUCAGCCGUCCAGGAAAGGAGAGUAGGUAUGAUCCAGGGUCCAUGAUGUGUAGCACAGGAGAUGUGUUGUUAGAAUUUCGGUAGUAUUUUACGUCGAUGACUAAAUAAAGUUAUCUUGCGAGGUAAUGAAGGUAUUCCAGAUCUGGAGAACAAAGGGACUUGAGUUCUUGUACGUUACCACAAUCAGUUAAUCAUGAAACAAACCCCUCCGCCUUUCUUUUUCCCGGAGAGUUCUUUCCUGUCCCCGCGAUGGACGGAGAACACCGCUGGCUGAAUGGACUGGGACAAUAUAUCCGGAGAGAGCCAUGAUUCUGUAAAACGGAGUAUGUUACAGUCCCUGAUGUCUCUCUGGAAGGAGAUCCUCGCCCUGAGCUCAUCUACAUUGUCAAGGGACUGAACGUAAGUGAGUAAUAUACUCUGAAGCGGUGGAUUGUAUGCACGCCGCCGGAUUCUGACAAGGGCCCCACUACUUCCUCUUCUUGUGCGUCAGCGUUUUGGUGCAGCCCCCGGGAUGAAUAGAGCUGCCUCUGGAAGUUCAAACAAAGGAUCCAGGUCAGGGAAGUCGAAUUUCUGAUGAGUGACCAGCGAUCUAAUAUCCCAAAGUUAUUCUUGGCUGUAGGUACAAGAAAGGUUCUGAAAUAGUGCCAAAAAAAAAAAUGAAAUCCUGCAAAGUUGGCUACGAGCAAGAAACAGGGUGACGGUGUCUGUCAGCGCCAUCUUGUAACUAUCUAGUGCUUUUUUCCUCAAAUGAUUUUGGCUUAAUGUUUUGUUUGCUUGCUAUUAUACUUUUGAGCAUUCCUACACUGGUUUCGUGACAACCCUAUCACACAACCAAUAUAUUUACAAUCACCGGGUGAACGGUAGACAAGUCCAGGCACAAAAGACAGAGAAACAAUCCCCUGUGUGCUGUUGUCAUGCUAACAUUGGUGUUGUCCAUUCCCCCUACAGCGAUUGGUGGUGAAGCCAGACCAGCUGAUCAAGGGCAGAGGGAAGCUGGGCCUGGUGGGCGUUGACCUGGACCUGGUGGGCGUGCGGGAGUGGCUCAAGCCCCGCCUCAUGAGAGAGACCUCCGUGAGUUGAUUGGUAGCUCUCUGUGUUUCUCUCUCUUCUUGCUCACGCUCUCGCUGUCUCUUUCUGUAUGCAUGCAUUCUCCAGUGUGAAGUUUCCCCUAGUUACAGAUCUAUGAUCAGCUUUCCCUUCCCCAAUCCUAACCUUAACCAAACUGACCCCAGAUCAGCAUGUAGGAGCAACUUCACCCUACUCCUCCCUCAACUUCGUAAACAGAAACUCCACUGCCAGGUUCCCUGUUUUUUCCUUGGCUUGGAUCCACAAAGUGUAUAGCUGCAGCCAAUUUGACACUGGUGGAGGUGGGUGCCUGCUGCAGGAGUUAGAAAGUUACAGGAGUUUGUGGGAGAGCUGGAGCGUGUUUGUACACCUAGUAUACAGCCUUGAUGUUCGCAGAAUUAAAAAGGCUGGAUGGGUGAAAGCAAUUUGACUUUAAUCUAUAGGCCUAGCCAUUGUAGUGCUUAGUGUAGCCUUUAAAAAAUCUAUUUAGCCAGGAUAGUCCACUCCAAUAACACUUGCCACUGUUUUCCAGGGAGACCUGGCAUGGAGCCAUCAUCUCCAUUUUGCUUCCUCCCAUCCUGCUUGUUCAGAUCUCCAAACAAGAAUGGAACUAGGCCUGCUUUUCUUAUCUAGCUGUCCAUCAGAGCUGCAGAGGUAGUAGUGAGAUGGCGGUGCUUGAGGGAACAAUGCUCUCUGCUCAUUGGCAGGUUCCCCUUCCCCGACAGUGUGCUGCUCUGGGCUUGUUAAUGCUGUGAAUGUGUGGCAUGCGGACGGGUGCCUUUUUCAGGGGCUGCUAAUCCACGACACACUGCUCAUCACAGCUCAACCACGAGUUAUGCAAUAUGCCGCCGAGUUACACUGUUCCCUGAGUUCUUCACAACGUGACCACAGUAUUGUCAAGCUGCGGUCAACUGUGUCGUGGAUUGUGUCAACUGUGUCAGAAAACCAGUCUUCAGACUCUUUGUCCACAGUGUCCAGACCACAGGCCUUCCUCUUUUCACCUUCUAAAGAGGAAAGGAUAGGAACUUUCAAAAUUCCUUACAAUGAGCCUGUCUGAUUUAACUCGGAGGGAGCAAGUUAGGGAGACCAGGUUUUAGGGACCCGAGUCGUAUUCUGACUGUUUUCCUAUGGCACGGAUCAUCAACUAGAUUCAGCCACGGGACGGUUAUUUUUUUCUUCUUGAACGGAUGGUUAGGGGGCUGGAACUUAAUUACAAAUAAUUAAUAGACUGCAAAUUGACCGCAAGAAGCCCAAACGGAUAUGUUUGACUAAAACAUAAUAAUUUUAAAACCUUGCUUACAUUUGUAUACGAUCACAUAUUAUGCGUGGGAAUACUUUGGAACAGAUUCUCCAAAAUUAAAAUCAUUUGGAGCUGAUUUGCUGGUGUUUUUACAGUCAUAUGUCCAACAAUUAUAAACUCUUGGGGGGCAAAUAAAAUCACCCGUGGACCAACAGUUGGGGAACCCUGUCCUAUGGUGUGCACUAAUGAAUACGACCCUGGUUUGUGAACUGCGGCAUGUUCACCAAGUGCCAGACAGUACUUGUUGCCAUCUGUCUCUCUACUGCCAUGACCGGAGGGCUCAGAGUUAUGUUUAGAACCCCUGAAGCAAGGGGUCAGAGGUUAUGUAAUGCCAAUGUCAGGAGGCUAGUACGGCCAAAACAACCUUAUUAGGGCCGAUGCUCUUUUUGAUUUUACUGCACUUCUUUCUAGGGCCAGCUUUUCAGCAGAAUGGAUCAUUAAUAGCAUUUUUCUGCAGAAUAGAGCAUUUAUGCAGAAUCAUGAUUUUCCACAAUUGAGUAUGUUGCUUUUCCACAGUGCUUCAUAAUGUGAAAAUACAAUUCCCUCAGACAGCUUCAUAUCCCUUUGCCACAGAAUAAUACUAAACUAAAUGUUGAAUUAAUCUAUUUUACUGUUUCUCACCAGGUGGCAAAAGCGAAAGGCAUCCUGAAGAACUUUCUCAUUGAACCGUUUGUUGCACAUACACAGGUAAUUUGUGUGAGGUUGUCUUGAAUGUCCUACCUAUGAGGAGGGGUAGCUGUACGUGGAUUGGCCAAUAUCAAUAUACAGUGCAUUCGGAAAGUAUUAAGACUCCUUCCCUUUUUCCACAUUUUGUUCUAAAAUUGAUUAAAUAAACACUUUUCCUCAUCAAUCUACACACAAUACCCCAUAAUGACAAAGUGAAAACAGCUUUUGAAAUGUUUGCAAAUGUAUUUAAAAAACAUAAAUACCUUAUUUACUUAAGUAUUCAGAUACUUUGCUUUGAGACUUGAAAUUGAGCUGAGGUGCAUCCUGUUUCCAUUGAUCAUCCUUGAGAUGUUACUACAACUUGAUUGGAGUCCACCUGUGGUAAAUUCAAUUAAUUGGACAUGAUUUGCAAAGGCAUACACCUGUCUAUAUAAGGUCCCACAGUUGACAGUGCAUGUCAGAGCAAAAACCAAGCCAUGAGGUCGAAGGAAUUGUCCAUAGAGCUCCGAGACAGGAUUGUGUCAAGGCACAGAUCUGGGGAAGGUUAUCAAAACAUUUCUGCAGCAUUGAAGGUCUACAAGAACACAUUGGCCUCCAUCAUUCUUAAAUGGAAGAAGUUUGGAACCACCAAGACUCUUCCUAGAGCUGGCCACCCAGCCAAACUGAGCAUUUGGGGGAGAAGGGCCUUGGUAGGGAGGUGACCAGAGAUGGUCACUCUGACAGAGCUCCAGAGUUCGUCUGUGGAGAUGGGAGAACCUUCCAGAAGGACAACCAUCUCUGCAGAACUCCACCAGUCAGGCCUUUAUGGUAGAGUGGCCAGACGGAAGCCACCUAAAGGACUCUCAGACAUGUGAAACAAGAUUCUCUGGUCUGAUGAAACCAAGAUUGAACUCUUUGGCCUGAUUGCCAAGCGUCACGUCUGGAGGAAACAUGGCACCAUCCCUACGGUGAAUCAUGGUGGUGGCAGCAUCAUGCUGUGGGGAUGUUUUUCAGCGGCAGGGACUGGGAGACUAGUCAGGAUUAAGGGAAAGUGAACGGAGCGAAAGUACAGAGAGAUCCUUGAUGAAAACCUGCUGCAGAGCGCUUAGGACCUCAGACUGGGGCAAAGGUUCACCUUCCAACAGGACAACGGCCCUAAGCACACAGCCAAGACAACGCACGAGUGGCUUUGGGACAAGUCUCUGAAUGUCCUUGAGUGGCCCAGCAAGAGACUGAACUUGAACCCGAUCGAACAUCUCUGGAGAGACCUGAAAAUAGCUGUGCAGCGACGCUCCCCAUCCAACCUGACCGAGCUUGAGUGGAUAUGCAGAAAAGAAUGGGAGAAACUCCCCAAAUACAGGUGUGCGACGCUUGUAGCGUCAUACCCAAUAAGACUCGAGGCUGUAAUCGCUGCCAAAGGUGCUUCAACAAAGUGCUGAGUAAAGGGUCUGAAUACUUAUGUAAAUGUCAUAUUUCAGUUUGUAUAUUUAUUUUUUUUGCAACAAAAAAAUGUAAACCUGUUUUUGCUUUGUCAUUAUGGGGUAUUGUGUGUAGAUUGAUCAGGAGAAGAAGAAAAAAAACGGAAUCCAUUUUAGAAUAAGGCUGUAAUGUAACAAUGUGGAAAAAGUCAAGGGGUCUGAAUACUUAAUGAAUGCACUGUAAUAUAACUAUCAAAACAAUCUACCUCUAACUUUUAUUCCAUCCCUUACUACCCCUCCUUUUGUGCUCUGCAGGAGGAAGAGUUCUACAUAUGCAUCUACGCCACCCGAGAGGGAGACCACGUGCUCUUCCACCACGAGGGAGGCAUUGAUGUGGGGGACGUGGACGCCAAGGCCCAGAGGCUGCUGGUGGGAGUGGACGACAAGCUGAGCGAGGACACUGUCGAGGAGCAGCUCCUCACGCACGUGCCGGGCAACAAGAAAGAGUAAGUGACCGAGAGCCGUAGGUCAGGGGUGUCAAACUCAAUCGCUGGAGGGCAGUGUUAUUUCCCUGAUGGUUUUGCCCAGUUAUAACCUAGACAACCAGGUGAGGGGAGUUCCUAACAAAUCAAUGACCUUAAUUGAUCAAUCACAUACAUGGGAGGUGCGAAAACCCGCAGACACUCUGCCCUCACGGAAUUGAGUUUGACACCCCUGCUUUAAAGAAAAAGCUAUACAGGGGUUACAGAGUUUAGUCCCUUUUCUUUUCUCCAGCACACAUUUUUUUAAGCUUCACAAUAUUUAUGGUGUGAAAGAUCCGAUCACCAAUGUUCACAGAUAGCAUACGCUCAACUGCCGAUGCCACAUAAAACAAGGAGGGAGGCUGAUUGUGCAUUUUUGUUUUUUUUGCUUGCAUUGAGAAAGUCUGUCCUCUCCCCAACCUUUGCUUUCAGCUGCAGUUUUUCUUUAUUUUUACUAUUUUUUACAUUGUAUAAUAAUAGUGAAGACAUCAAAACUAUGAAAUAACACAUAUGGAAUCAUGUAGUAACCAAAAGAAGUGUUAAACAAAUCAAAAUAUAUUUUAUAUUUGAGAUUCUUAAAAUAGCCACCAUUUGCCUUGGAUGACAGCUUUGCACACUCUUGGCAUUCUAUCAACCAACUUCACCUGGAAUGCUUUUCCAAUAGUCUUGAAGGAGUUCCCACAUAUGCUGAGCACUUGUUGGCUGCUUUUCCUUCACUCUGCUGUCCGGCUCAUCCCAAAUCAUCUCAAUUGGGUUAAGGUCCGGGGAUUGUGGAGGCCAGGUCAUCUGAUGCAGCACUCCAUCACUCUCCUUCUUGGUAAAAUAGCCCUUACACAGCCUGUAGGUGGGUUGGGUCAUUGUCCUGUUGAAAAUCAAAUGAUAGUCCCACUAAGCCCAAACCAGAUUGGAUGGCGUAUCGCUGCAGAAUGUUGUGGUAGCCAUGCUGGAUAAGUAUGCCUUGAAUUCUAAAUAAAUCAGACAGUGUCACAAGCAAAGCACCCCCACACCAUAACACCUCCUCCAUGCUUUAGGGUGGGAACUACACAUGCUGAGAUCAUCCGUUCACCCACACCAAAUCUCACAAAGACAGCGAUUUGAACCAAAAAUCUCAAAUUUUGACACAUUUAAUGUCCAUUGCUCGUGUUUCUUGGCCCAAGCAGGUCUCUUCUUCUUAUUGGUGUCCUUCAGUAGUGGUUUCUUUGCAGCAAUUCGACCAUGAAGGCCUGAUUCACACAGUCCCUUCUGAACAGUUGUUGAGAUGUGUCUGUUACUUGAACUCUGAAGCAUUUAUUUGGGCUGCAAUUUCUGAGGCUGGUAACUCUCUAAUGAACUUAUCCUCUGCAGCAGAGGUAACUCUGGGUCUUCCUUUCCUGUGGCGGUCCUCAUGAGAGCCAGUUUUAUCAUAGCGCUUGAUGGAUUUUGCGACUGCACUUGAAGAAACGUUCAAAGUUAUUAAUCUUCUGUAUUGAUUGAAACUUCAUGUCUUAAAGUAAUGAUGGACUGUUGUUUUCUCUUUGCCUAUUUGAGCUGUUCUUGCUAUAAUAUGGACUUAGCCCUAUUUGGUAAAAGACCAUCUUCUGUAUACCCCCCCCGCCCCACCUUGUCACAACACAACUGAUUGGCUCAAACGCAUUAAGACGGAAAUCAAUUCCACAAAUUAACUUUAAUGAAGGUACACCUGUUAAUUGAAAUGCAUUCCAGGUGACUACCUCAUGAAGCUUGUUGAGAGACUGACAAGAGUGUGCAAAGCUGUCAUUAAGGCAAAGGGUGGCUAUUUGAAGCAUCUCAAAUUUAAAAUAUAAUAUUUGUUUAACACUUUGUUGGUUACUACAUGAUUCCAUAUGUGUUAUUUCAUAGUUUUGAUGACUAUUAUUCUACAAUAUAGAAAAUGGUAAACAAUAAAGAAAAACCCUUGAAUGAGUAGGUGUCCAAACCUUUGACUGGUACUGUACAUGCACUGAAACCUCCUGAGUCACAACCCCUUUAAAAAGUCUCAGUAGAACGAGGAACCUGCAAUGUUCAUCACCAAGCCAUUUCGCUUUCGAUGUUACGAGAUGUUGCUUCAAAGUUUGUUGGACCGCAUCUUUUAGCAAUACCAAGGGACUCGCGACUGUACUUGGACUUGAGUAUGAAGGACUCAGGCUACAAUUCUAGGUAUUGAGACGCCCUGAUGAAAGCAUUAACCGAUACGCAUUGGUGUAUUUUAAUAAUGACUUACUAAUUAGGCCACACGUUAAAGGCUUUUUAUUUCAAACCCACACAAGUGCCUGGACUUGGAUUUUGUUAUGCCACUUAGCAUCUAUUUGUGGUUAUAACAGUUACAGUGCUUGGAAUUUGACUGUGACUCGAGGUUUAGUGAUUUCACUAGAUCACUUCACGGUAUUAUGGUGUCCCCCUCAACAUUCGGUGUCAUUCUGUGGUGAACUAGUGGGAGUACUUAACAUUUCCCUCUUUCUCCACUUUCCCACCCAUGACAAGUAGAGUCUGACUCAAUUACAAACGUCUCAGUUAUUUAUAGUGUUUACAGGCCAUGCACUCCCCAUUAGGCUGGACAGUGGAUACAGUGAAAUUAACUUGGAUACGUCCCAAUCUGCACCGCUAUUCCCUAAGUAGUGCACUAUAUAGGGUAUGGAGUGCCAUUUAGGACUCAUCCAAGGUCAUUGCGCUGUGUCCACAAUAUAGUGCACUACUUUUGACCUAUGGGCCCUGGUCAAAAGUAGUGCACUAUGUAGGGAAUAGGGUACCAUUUGGGACGCUUGUCUUGUCGGUGUGGUGAGUAGCUCACUGUUUCACCCUGGGGGGUUCCAGAAGUUCAAGUGAUGAUUGUCUGUCUAGUAUUCUGUAAACUCAGUGUGUGCAUCCCAAAUGGCACAAUAUUCCAUAUAUAGUGCACUACUUUUGACCAGGGCCGAUAGGGCUCUGUUCAGAAGUAGUGCACUAUAUAGGGCCCUCAAAUUCAACUCUGGACCUAGAAGCAAGUUCCACUGCUUUUUAUAUUUGUUCAUUCUUCCCCUCUAAUCAGGCAUUGAUUUACUAUAGACCUGGAACACCAGGUGUGUGCAAUUAAUUAUCAGGUAGAACAGAACCAGCAGGCUCCGGACCUCGUAGGGUAAGAGUUGAAUACCCCUGAUUUAUAGGGAAUAGAGUGCCAUUGCGACAGAUGUUCUAACCGUUAUAUUGUAAUAGGGAGUAGGUUAAUACAAGUUGUUUCCAUUUUCAUAUUAAUCUCACUCCAUUCUUUUAUUUCCUGCUAAUGUGAAAACCUUUAGGAAUGUUUAGAUAGUUUAUUAUUAUAUAUUUUAAAACCCCAAUAAAAAAAGACUUAUCUUGUGUACGCUUUACCAUUUGGUCUUAUAUGCAGUUUUCCAAGAUGGCUGUCCUCUGAUCUAAACUGUUGAUGUUUGUUUGUUGUAUGCAGGGUCCUGGCCAGUUUUGUUGUGGGUCUCUUUAACCUGUAUGAGGACCUUUACUUCACUUACCUGGAGAUCAACCCACUGGGUAAGUACACUUGUUUUACUAAGGCUAUUUUACUUGGACGUUUAAUUAAGGAUGCUUUCAUAUGUCCCUGUAUGGUCCGGAUCCUGGAGCUUUUUGUACUAGGGCUGGGAAUUGCCAGAGACCUCACGAGACGAUAUUAUAACGAUACUUAGGUGCCAGUAUGUUACGUGUUGCAAUUCGGUACUGUGAUUUUAUUGCGAUUCGAUGUUCCAAACAUACUGCUCACCAUAUGCCGGCUGCAGAGGGACAAGCCAGAGCCAUGAGAACUAUUUUUGAUCAGUCAUGGAAAUAAAAUUGCUGAAAACAAAUUGUCUCCCUAUUUAAAAAGAGAUGGAGAACAACCUACAGUGCCUUCAAAAAGUAUUCAUACCCAAUGACUUAAUCCACAUUUUGUUGUUACAGCCUGAAUUCAAAAUUGAUUAAAUAUUAUUUUUUCUCUCUCACCCAUCUACACACAAUACCCCAUCCCAUAAUGACAAAGUGAAAACAUGUUUUUAGAAAUGUCAGCAAAUUUAUUGAAAACUAAAUGCCGAAAUAUCUCAUUUACAUACAGUGGGGAGAACAAGUAUUUGAUACACUGCCGAUUUUUCAGGUUUUCCUACUUAGAAAGCAUGUAGAGGUCUGUAAUUGUUAUCAUAGUUACACUUCAACUGUGAGAGACGGAAUCUAAAACAAAUAUCCAGAAAAUCACAUUGUAUGAUUUUUAAGUAAUUAAUUUGCAUUUUAUUGCAUGACAUAAGUAUUUGAUACAUCAGAAAAGCAGAACUUAAUAUUUGGUACAGAAACCUUUGUUUGCAAUUACAGAGAUCAUACGUUUCCUGUAGGUCUUGACCAGGUUUGCACACACUGCAGCAGGGAUUUUGGGCCACUCCUCCAUACAGACCUUCUCCAGAUCCUUCAGGUUUUGGGGCUGUCGCUGGGCAAUACGGACUUUUAGCUCCCUCCAAAGAUUUUCUAUUGGGUUCAGGUCUGGAGACUGGCUAGGCCACUCCAGGACCUUGAGAUGCUUCUUACGGAGCCACUCCUUAGUUGCCCUGGCUGUCUGUUUCGGGUCGUUGUCAUGCUGGAAGACCCAGCCACGACCAAUCUUCAAUGCUCUUACUGAGGGAAGGAGGUUGUUGGCCAAGACCUCGCGAUAUAUGGCCCCAUCCAUCCUCCCCUCAAUACGGUGCAGUCGUCCUGUCCCCUUUGCAGAAAAGCAUCCCCAAAGAAUGAUGUUUCCACCUCCAUGCUUCACGGUUGGGAUGGUGUUCUUGGGGUUGUACUCAUCCUUCUUCUUCCUCCAAACACGGCGAGUGGAGUUUAGACCAAAAAGCUCUAUUUUUGUCUCAUCAGACCACAUGACCUUCUCCCAUUCCUCCUCUGGAUCAUCCAGAUGGUCAUUGGCAAACUUCAGACGGGCCUGGACAUGCGCUGGCUUGAGCAGGGGGACCUUGUGUGCGCUGCAGGAUUUUAAUCCAUGACGGCGUAAUGGUUUUCUUUGAGACUGUGGUCCCAGCUCUCUUCAGGUCAUUGACCAGUUCCUGCCGUGUAGUUCUGGGCUGAUCCCUCACCUUCCUCAUGAUCAUUGAUGCCCCACGAGGUGAGAUCUUGCAUGGAGCCCCAGACCGAGGGUGAUUGACCGUCCUCUUGAACUUCUUCAAUUUUCUAAUAAUUGUGCCAACAGUUGUUGCCUUCUCACCAAGCUGCUUGCCUAUUGUCCUGUAGCCCAUCCCAGCCUUGUGCAGGUCUACAAUUGUAUCCCUGAUGUCCUUACACAGCUCUCUGGUCUUGGCCAUUGUGGAGAGGUUGGAGUCUGUUUGAUUGAGUGUGUGGACAGGUGUCUUUUAUACAGGUAACGAGUUCAAACGGGUGCAGUUAAUACAGGUAAUGAGUGGAGAACAGGAGGGCUUCUUUAAGAAAAACUAACAGGUCUGUGAGAGCCUGGAAUUCUUACUGGUUGGUAGGUGAUCAAAUACUUAUGUCAUGCAAUAAAAUGCAAAUUAAUUACUUAAAAAUCAUACAACGUGAUGUUCUGGAUUUUUGUUUUAGAUUUCAUCUCUCACUGUUGAAGUGUACCUAUGAUAAAAAGUACAGACCUCUACAUGCUUUGUAAGUAGGAAACACUGCCGAUUUUGCAGGUUAUCAAAUACUUGUUCUCCCCACUGUAAGUAUUUACACCCCUGAGUCAAUACUUUGUAGAAGCACUUUUGGUAGCUAUUACAGCUGUGAGUCUUUCUGGGUGAGUCUCUAAGAGCUUUCCACACCUGGAUUGUGCAACAUUUCAAAAUUCUUCAAGCUCUGGCAAAUUGGUUGUUAAUCAUUGCUAGACAACCAUUUUCAGGUCUUGCAAAAUAUUUAAGUCAACUGUAACUCGGCCAUUCAGGAACAUUUACGAUCUUCUCCAGUGUAUACUCGGCCUUGUUUUAGGUUAUUGUCCUGCUGAAAGGUGAAUUCAUAUCCCACUGUCUGGUGGAAAGCAGACUGAACCAGGUUCCUUUAGGAUUUUGCCUGUGCUUAGCUCCAUUACGUUAAUUUUUUUAUUCAGAAAAACUCCCCAGUCCUUAACGAUCACAAGCAUACCCAUAACAUGAUGCAGCCACCACUAUCCUUGAAAAUAUGGUGAGUGGUACUCUGUAAUGUGUUGUAUUUCUGGGGCAAAUGCAAUAACACUUUGUAUUCAGGACAGAGUUAAUUGCUUUGCCACAUUUUUUGCAGUAUUACUUUAGUGCCUUGUUGCAAACAGGAUGCAUGUUUUGGAAUAUUUUUAAUCUGUACAGGUUUUCUUCUUUUCACUCUGUCAAUUAUGUUAUGAUUACCUACAAUGUUGUUGAUCCAUCCUCAGUUUUGUCCUAUCUCAGCCAUUAAACUCUGUAACUGUUUUAAAGUCACCAUUGGCCUCAUGGGGAAAUCGCUAAGCGAUUUCCUUCCUUUCCGGCAACUGAGUUAGGAAGGACGCAUGUAUCUUUGUAGUGACUGGGUGUGUUAAUGCACCAUCCAAAGUUUAAUUACUUCAACAUGCUCAAAGGGAUAUUCAAUAUCUUCUUUGUUUUUAGUUUUUUUUUACAGAUAAUUGUAUGGGUAGUGAACAGAGAUGAGGUAGUCAUUCAAAAAUCAUGUUAAACACUAUUGUCCUUGCAACUUCUUAAGUGACUUGUUAAACACAUUUUUACUCCUGAACUUAGAUUUGCCAUAACAAAGGGGUUGAAUACUUAUUGACUCAAGACAUUUUAGCUUUUCAUUUGUAAUUCAUUUGUAAACAUUUUGAAAAACAUAAUUCUACUUUGACAUUAUGGGGUAUUGUGUGUAGGGCAUUGACAUAAAAUCUCAAUUUAAUCCAUUUUAAAUUCAGUCUAACACAACAAAAUGUGGGAAACGUCAAAGGGUGUGAAUACUUUCUGAAGGCACUGUAUUUAGGAAAAAUAAUGGAGCUUUGGUGCAGGUACAGCAAACUAGCACAAAAAUAUUAUCGAUACAAUAUAUCGUCAAAUAAUAUCCCCAUAUGUAACUCGUUUAUUUUUAUGUUUUAUCACUGUGGUAUAAAGUAUAUGAAAUGCAAAUGAAAUCUGGACCUGCUUGAAUUAUGUGAAAAUGCCCUAAAAAGCCAGGCUUUUACAACCAAGCUCCCACAACAAUGGCUCAGCAGUACCACUCACUUUUAAUUUCUCAAUGCAAAUCAGCUGUUGUCUUCAACUCUCCAUUUAUGUAUCAUGCCAUUUCUUUUUCUCUCCAGUGGUCACCCAAGAUGGCGUGUUCAUCCUCGACAUGGCAGCCAAAAUUGAUGCCACGGCCGAAUAUAUCUGCAAGGCCAAGUGGGGUGACGUGGAGUUCCCCCCACCCUUUGGGAGAGAAGCCUACCCCGAGGUGAGUUGGAAUGAGAGGGACUAGAUAUGUACAGUGAGGGGGAAAAAGUAUUUGAUCCCCUGCUGAUUUUGUACGUUUGCCCACUGACAAAGAAAUGAUCAGUCUAUAAUUUUAAUGGUAGGUUUAUUUGAACAGUGAGACAGAAAACAACAAAAAAAUCUAGAAAGACGCAUGUCAUAAAUUGAUUUGCAUUAUAAUGAGGGAAAUAAGUAUUUGACCCCCUCUCAAUCAGAAAGAUUUCUGUCUCCCAGGUGUCUUUUUAUACAGAUAACGAGCUGAGAUUAGGAGCACACUCUUAAAGGGAGUGCUCCUAAUCUCAGUUUGUUACCUGUAUAAAAGACACCUGUCCACAGAAGCAAUCAAUCAAUCAGAUUCCAAACUCUCCACCAUGGCCAAGACCAAAGAUCUCUCCAAGGAUGUCAGGGACAAGAUUGUAGACCUACACAAGGCUGGAAUGGGCCACAAGACCAUCGCCAAGCAGCUUGGUGAGAAGGUGACAACAGUUGGUGCGAUUAUUCGCAAAUGGAAGAAACACAAAAGAACUGUCAAUCUCCCUCGGCCUGGGGCUCCAUGCAAGAUCUCACCUCGUGGAGUUGCAAGGAUCAUGAGAACGGUGAGGAAUCAGCCCAGAACUACACGGGAGGAUCUUGUCAAUGAUCUCAAGGCAGCUGGGACCAUAGUCACCAAGAAAACAAUUGGUAACACACUACGCCGUGACAGACUGAAAUCCUGCAGCGCCCGCAAGGUCCCCCUGCUCAAGAAAGCACAUAUACAGGCCCGUCUGAAGUUUGCCAAUGAACAUCUGAAUGAUUCAGAGGAGAACUGGGUGAAAGUGUUGUGGUCAGAUGAGACCAAAAUGGAGCUCUUUGGCAUCAACUCAACUCGCCAUGUUUGGAGGAGGAGGAAUGCUGCCUAUGACCCCAAGAACACCAUCCCCACCAUCAAACAUGGAGGUGGAAACAUUGUGCUUUGGGGGUGUUUUUCUGCUAAGGGGACAGGACAACUUCACCGCAUCAAAUGGACGAUAGACGGGGCCUUGUACCGUCAAAUCUUGGGUGAGAACCUCCUUCCCUCAGCCAGGGCAUUGAAAAUGGUGGAUGGGUAUUCCAGCAUGACAAUGACCCAAAACACACGGCCAAGGCAACAAAGGAGUGGCUCAAGAAGAGGCACAUUAAGGUCCUGGAGUGGCCUAGCCAGUCUCCAGACCUUAAUCCCAUAGCAAAUCUGUGGAGGGAGCUGAAGGUUCGAGUUGCCAAACGUCAGCCUCAACCUUAAUGACUUGGAGAAGAUCUGCAAAGAGGAGUAGGACAAAAUCCCUCCUGAGAUGUGUGCAAACCUGGUGGCCAACUACAAGAAACGUCUGACCUCUGUGAUUGCCAACAAGGGUUUUGCCACCAAGUACUAAGUCAUGUUUUGCAGAGGGGUCAAAUACGUAUUUCCCUCAUUAAAAUGCAAAUCAAUUUAUAAAACAUUUCUUCCAGGACAACCUUGUACGUGGCUUGAUUCAUGCGUCCUUCACAAAGACAUCUGCCCGAUUCCAGCCUUGCUGAAGCACCCCCAGAUCAUCACCAAUCCUCCACCAAAUUUCACAGUGGGUGCGAGACACUGUGGCUUGUAGGCCUCUCCAGGUCUCCGUCUAACCAUUAGACGCCCAGGUGUUGGGAAAAGCUGAAAAUUGGACUCAUCAGAGAAGAUGACCUUACUCCAGUCCUCUACGGCCCAAUCCUUAUGGUCUUUUGCAAACCUCAGCCUGGCUCUUCUUUGCUUCUCAUUGAUUAAGGGCUUUUUUCUAGCUUUGCACAACUUCAGACCUGCCCCUAGGAGCCUGUUUCGAACCGUUCUCGCCGUGCACUUCACCCCAGCUGCCGUUUUCCAUUCUUUUUGUAGGUCACUUGAUGUCAUCCUACGGUUGUUGAGUGACAUUCAAAUUAGUUGGCGGUCAUCCCGGUCAGUAGAGAGUCGUUUUCGCCAUCUGCCGGUCUGUAGCUUUGUUGUCCCCAAUGUCUGCUGCUUGACCUUGUUCUUAUGAACCGCCGUCUUUGACAUUUUAAGGAUGGAAGCAAGCUGACGCUCACUGUAUCUCUCUGCCAGUAAAGCCAGAAUUGAACCUUUCUUUUCCUCACUCAAAACGUUCCCUUUCAACUCUUUUGGCAUGGUCAAUAGUUAUUUUUUGAUUGAUAUUACUUUUGAGGUACUAUUAGCACUGUUUUUGCCAUCCAACUGGUCCUAUUGCAAGAGGAUAGUGAUGACCACAGCAGUGGUCUUUAUACUUUUCCCCGUUAAAUAAGAUUUGGUUCAGGUGAUCACCUAAUCAGUACCUAAUUCAGUAGAAUGAGGUGUGCCUGUGUUGGAAUUCAACAGACACUGGAAUGGAAUGGCUGUCAUACAUGUAGAGAUGCUGAUUUAAGAAAAAUUUGCAGUGGCCUCUUAAUUUUUUCCAGAGCUGUAUAUAUACACAGUUGAAGUCGGAAGUUUACAUACACUUAGUUUGGAGUCAUUAAAACUUGUUUUUCAACCACUCCACAAAUUUCUUGUUAACAAACUAUAGUUUUGGCAAGUCGGUUAAGACAUCUACUUUGUGCGUUUCCAACAAUUGUUUAGACAGAUUAUUUCACGUAUAAUUCCCUGUAUCACAAUUCCAGUGGGUCAGAAAUUUAAUGUAAUGGCUUUAGAAGCUUCUGAUGGGCUAAUUGACAUCAUUUGAGUCAAUUGGAGGUGUACCUGUGGAUGUAUUUCAAGGCCUACCUUCAAACUCCGUGCCUCUUUGCUUGACAACAUGUGAAAAUCAAAAGAAAUCAGCCAAGACCUCAGAAAAAAAAGUGUAGACCUCCACAGGUCUGGUUCAUCCUUGGGAGCAAUUUCCAAACGCCUGAAGGUACCACGUUCAUCUGUGCAAACAAUAGUACGCAAGUAUAAACACCAUGGGACCACGCAGCCGUCGUACCGCUCAGGACGGAGACAAGUUCUGUCUCCUAGAGAAGAAGGUACUUUGUGAAGAUGCUGGAGGAAACAGGUACAAAAGUAUCUAUAUCCACAAUAAACCGAGUUCUAUAUCGACAUAACUUGAAAGGCCGCUCAGCAAGGAAGAAGCCACUGCUCCAAAACCGCCAUAAAAAAGCCAGACUACGGUUUGCAACUGCACAUGGGGACAAAGAUCGUACUUUUUGGAGAAAUGUCCUCUGGUCUGAUGAAACAAAAAUAGAACUGCUUGGCCAUAAUGACAUUUACAUUUACAUUUUAGUCAUUUAGCAGACGCUCUUAUCCAGAGCGACUUACAGUUAGUGAAUACAUUUUUUUUUUUAUACUGGCCCCCCGUGGGAAUCGAACCCACAACCCUGGCGUUGCAAACGCCAUGCUCUAUCAACUGAGCUACAUCCCUGCCGGCCAUUCCCUCCUCUACCCUGGACGACGCUGGGCCAAUUGUGCGCCGCCCAUGAGUCUCCCGGUCGCGGCCGGCUGCGACAGAGCCUGGAUUCGAACCAGGAUCUAGUGGCACAGUUAGCACUGCGAUGCAGUGCCUUAGACCACUGCGCCACUUAGACCACUGCGCCACUCUAGUGGCCACUCAACUGUGCCACUAGAUCCUGAUCCUGUGCCACUAGAUCCAAACAUAACGAUGGCGCAAUGACCAUCGUUAUGUUUGGGGGAAAGCCGAAGAACACCAUCCCAACCGUGAAGCACAGGGGUGGCAGCAGCAUGUUCAAUUCACAAAAUAGAUGGCAUCAUGAGGAAGGAAAAUUAUGUGGAUAUAUUGAAGCAACAUCUCAAGACAUCAGUCAGGAAGUUAAAGCUUGGUCGCAAAUGGGUCUUCCAAAUGGAUAAUGACCCAAAGCAUACUUCCAAAGUUGUGGCAAAAUGACUUAAGGACAACGAAGUCAAGGUAUUGGAGUGGCCUUCACAAAGCCCUGACCUCAAUCCUAUGGAAAAUUUGUGGGCAGAACUGAAAAAGCGUGUGCGAGCAAGGAGGCCUACAAACCUGACUCAGUUACACCAGCUCUGUCAGGAGUAAUGGGCCUAAAUUCACCCAACUUAUUGUUGGAAGCUUGUGGAAGGCUACCCAACACGUUUUAUCCAAGUUAAACAAUUUAAAGGCAAUGCUACCAAAUACUAAUUGCUACCAAAUACUAAUUGAGUGUAUGUAAACUUCUGACCCACUGGGAAUGUGUUGAAAGAAAUAAAAGCUGAAAUACAUCUUUCUCUCUACUAUUAUUCUGACAUUUCACAUUCUUAAAAUAAAGUGGUGAUCCUAACUGACCUAAAACAGGGAAUUUUUACUAGGAUUAAAUGUCAGGAAUUGUGAAAAACUGAGUUUAAAUGUAUUUGGCUAAGGUGUAUGUAAACCUUUUGCAGUGCCUUGCAAAAGUAUUCAUCCCCUUGGCGUUUUUCCUAUUUUGUUGCAUUGCAACCUGUAAUUUUUUAUGGAUUUUUAUUUGGAUUUCAUGUAAUGGACAUGCAGAAAAUAGUCCAAAUUGGUGAGGUGAAAUGAAAAAUAUAACUUGUUUCAAAUGAUUCUAAAAAAUAAAUAACGGAAAAGGGGUGCGUGAAUGUGUAUUCACCCCCUUUGCUAUGAUGCCCCUAAAUAAGAUCUGGUGCAACCAAUUACCUUCAGAAGUCACAUAAUUAGGUAAAUAGAUUGCACACAGGUGGACUUUAAGUGUCAUAUGAUCUCAGUGUAUAUAUACACCUGUUCUGAAAGGCCCCAGAGUCUGCAACACCACAACGCAAGGGGCACCACCAAGCAAGCGGCACUAUGAAGACCAAGGAGCUCUCCAUACAGGUCAGGGUUGGGUUAUAAAAAAACAUCAGAAACUUUGAACAUCUCACGGAGCACCAUUAAAUCCAUUAUUAAAACAUGGAAAGAAUAUUGGCACUACAACAAACCUGCCAAGAGAGGGCCGCCCACCAAAACUCACGGACCAGGCAAGGAGGGCAUUAAUCAGAGAGGCAACAACGCUAUGUCUGGCGCAAACCCAACACCUCUCCUCACCCGGGGAACACCAUCCCCACAGUGAACCAUGGUGGUGGCAGCAUCAUGCUGUGGGGAUGUUUUUCAUCGGCAGGGACUGGGAAACUGGUCAGAAUUGGAAGGAAUGAUGGAUGCCGCUAAAUACAGGGAAAUUCUUGAGGGAAACCUGUUUCAGUCUUCCAGAGAAUUGAGACUGGGACGGAGGUUCACCUUCCAGCAGGACAAUGACCCUAAGCAUACUGCUGAAGCAACACUCGAGUGGUUUAAGGGGAAACAUUUAAAUGUCUUGGAAUGACCUAGUCAAAGCCCAGACCUCAAUCCAAUUGAGAAUCUGUGGUAUGACUUAAGAUUGCUGUACACCAGCGGGACCCAUCCAACUUGAAGGAGCUGGAGCAGUUUUGCCGUGAAGAAUGGGCAAAAAUCCCAGUGGCUAGAUAUGCCAAGCUUAUAGAGACAUACCCCAAGAGACUUGCGUCUGUAAUUACUGCUGCCUUUGGGGGGGUGAAUAGUUAUCCACGUUCAAGUUUUCAGUUUUUUAAAUGUUAUUUCUUGUUUGUUUCACAAUAAAUUAUUUUGCAUCUUCAAAGUGGUAGGCAUGUUGUGUAAAAUCAAAUGAUACAAACCCCCAAAAAAUCAAUUUUAAUUCCAGGUUGUAAGGCAACAAAAUAGGGAAAAUGCCAAGGGGGGUGAAUACUUUCGCAAGCCACUGUAUAUAGUGUUUGAAUCAAGCGUCUGAGUAGGAGUGACGAUUUUAGGAUCCAGUUUUGCCUUUUGGAUCACAAUGAAUAAGAUUACAUGUACAGGGAGGACCUGAUCCUAGAUCUGCACCCCUACUAUGAAAAGCUUGAUAUUGUACAUAUGGCCCCAGAAAUGACUGACCGUUCUCUCAGCUGAUGGUUUUGCUUGUUUCUCCAGGCCGAUGGCUAGGGCUGUCCAAUUUGUCAGCAUUUCCUUGAAAUGCAUGUUAUCCAUUUUUUCUUUUCAUGGGAACUUGAAAUCCAUGGAACUAACAACUUGUAUAGAUUUUGGUGGGGUAAAUAACCUGUGACUAGGAUUUCUCUGCUGCCCUCGGAUACACAGGGUAUAUGCCCUAGUGACACAUCCUUGUCUACCUAUUCUAGGAGGCCUACAUCGCGGAUUUGGAUGCCAAGAGCGGGGCCAGUCUAAAGCUCACCAUCCUGAACCCCCUGGGAAGGAUCUGGACCAUGGUGGCAGGUGGAGGAGCCUCCGUAGUCUACAGGUAGGCUUGCAAAAUUACGGAAACGUUCCCAAAGUUCCUAGCCUAGUUCCAGAUCUGUUUGUGCUCCUGCCAACCCCAUGGUUGUAAUUUAGGUGGUGGGCCGUAGCAAGCCAUCUACUUUAGUUUUCGAGGAGAUCGAUCUCUGUCGAGGGACGUGCUGGUUUUUACGUUGUGUAAAUUUAUUCGGAACACAUUUCCAUUUGUUGGCCAUGUCAAUUUGUGCACAUCUUUCAAAAUACUUUUAUGUUCGCUAGCUGGACAGGCAAACACCGCCGAGUACUAAACUUUAAACCAAUAAAAACUUGUGUACUAUCCAUGGUACUAUCUCUGCUGAUCACGUUAUCCGUAUCUAAGGUAGUAGACAGCUAGUGACAUCUCAAGAGAGAUCUCUGUCUGACCAACUGCUAUUAGGUUAAGUAGUUUUAAUUUAUUUGUAAUCUAACUAUUUCGUUAUAGAAACGUGAUACCAGCAACGCAAGCUGUAAAAUGACUCCCAACUUAGAACACAGCAACCUUAGUAAUGUAGCUAGCUGGCAAGUUACAACAAGUAGAUAUGUUGCUAGGUAGCGGGAGCAAAUAUCACUAGCUAGCAUCUCAUUCCGGGACAAGGAUUGUUUUUUAGCUAUCAGUUUAUUCCAAGUAAUAAUUUAAGACAAAUGUGUAGGACAAGUAGUAUAAAUCUAAUCAAGGCAGGACCCACUAACUUCAUUCAUACUGACAAAUAAGAAAUGCCACAUUAUCCCUGUCAAUAGUUGGAGUAGGAUGAUGGCAGAGCACCCUGCCUCAGACUGUCAGGAUGUUCAUUUUCUAGCUCACAAACUACAUUCCUUUGCUGUGAUUUAUUUGAUUCAUUCUGGUCUCUCACUUUUGUCUCACAUGAUCUAUUCAGCUCUCCUGUGUCCUGCUCCCAGAGAUUCACCAAGUAUUGGCUGAUUCACUCACCUGUGAGGAGAACCAUCCUACUGCAGUUUGAAUUAGCCCUGCUGUCACUAUUUAGACAUUGGGACCACAUAUGCAUUUGCCUGUUGGCUUUUCUUUUUGGGGUUUGUCUUAAACAGUCUAGUGCAUUUUAGAGUUGAAGAACACCAACUACAGAUACACGGGCUUGUCUGAGCAUCUUUAUUCAUUAUCUCUCUCUUUUGUCGCCCACGAUCUAUUCACUAAGUCCUGCAGUUUGAGCUAGGCCUGCCGUCACUAUUUAGACAUUGAGACCACAAAUGCAUUUGGCUGUUGUCUUUUCUAGUGCAUUUUAGUGUUGAAGAACAACAACUACAAAUACACAUGCUUGUUUGAGCACCUCGAAGACUAAAUUCAAUGUAGUAUCAGUUUAACAGGUGACAGGCAGAUUAUUUUACAUUUUUAACAUGCAGUUGGAGGAUUCCCAGAAUUAUAUUGUCCCCGUCAGGAGCCCAGGCUUUUGCCAUAGAUGGUAGAGUUCUCGUCUCUGGACCACACAAGCUUUAGAUUCCAUUCUGCUAAGGCACUUGUGUUUGUCUACAUCGGUCCGCUACAUUGGUGAUCAGGGUGGGAUCCUUUCAUUUUACAUUUGCAUUUUAGUCAUUUAACGGACUCCUAUCCAAGUCCUUUCGAAGCGCCUAUGGGGCACACAAAUGUUCCUAGAGAGAAGGGAGAGUACUGAAGCAUGUGUUGAUGACAGUUCUACAGUCUCCAUCAGAGGCCCAGGCUUUUGGCAUUGAUGUUAAUGCUCUCAUUUCUGGACUGCACCAUUGUAAGAUUGUGCCCUCCACGGCACUUGAUAUACAUUGAUUGGUAGGUUACACUAUACAGUGCAUUAGGAAAGUAUUCGGUCCCAUUCCAUUUUUCCACAUUUUGUGACGUUACAGCCUUAUUCUAAAAGGGAUUUUUUUUUAAUGUUCUCAAUCUACACACAAUACCCCAUAAUGACAAAACGAAAACAGGUUUUUUGACAUUUUUGCAAAUGUAUAAAUAAAAUAAAAACAGAUACCUUAUUUACAUAAGUAUUCAGACCUUUGCUAUGAGACUCAAAAUUGAGCUCCGGUGCAUCCUGUUUCCAUUGAUCAUCCUUGAUGUUUCUACAACUUGAUUGGAGUCCACCUGUGGUAAAAUUCUAUUGAUUGGACAUGAUUUGGAAAGGCACUCACCUGUCUAUAUAAGGUCCCACAGUUGACAGGGAGGUGACCAAGAACCCGAUGGUCAAUCUGACAGAGCUCCCGAGUUGCUCUGUGGAGAUGGGAGAACCUUCCAAAAGGACAACCAUCUCUGCAGCACUCCACCAAUCAGGCCUUUAUGGCACUACUCUAUGGGCCCUGGUCAAAAGUAGUGCACUAUAAAGGCAAUAGGGAGCCAUUUGGGAAGAAACCACUUGUCCUUGACUCUGACCCCUUGAACGUAGUGACACCAUCUGUGACCUGGGUGGAGUGGAUGAGCUGGCCAACUACGGGGAGUAUUCGGGAGCGCCAAGCGAGCAACAGACCUACGACUACGCCAAGACCAUCCUCUCACUCAUGACCAGAGAGAAGCACCACGAAGGUUGGCACUUGCUCAGCUUCCCCUACCCCAAUCAUAACCUUAACCAUUUGUGGGAACGUGCAGAACUGACCCAAGAUCAACGUCUAGUGGCAACUUCACCCUACACCUGGGCGCUCGCCAGGGUUGCCCACAUGCACCUCUUAUAGUUUUGAAAUCAACAUUGGCAUAUUCAGCUCAUAUUACAUUUGGACUAUAUCACAAAAAACAAUGCAUAUAGAAGCAAAAAGUCCCACAGACUGUAUUGCUCCUGUACCACCUCUAUUCCAACAUUUUGAUCCGAGUUGGGAUCUUCUUAAUUCAUUUAUUGAUCUUCAUCAAUAAAUGUGGAGCAAUAUAAUGUGUUGACCUUUUUUUAGUUUUUUUACUAGUUACACUUAAAUUACUUUUGGACACAGACAAAUUCCAUUUAUUUUGACUAUUUAACUCAGUGCACCACUCAGUUCUAUCACAUGCUCAGUUCUUAGUGUGUUACCGCAUUGUCAAACUAGAUAAUGUUCGUUGUUACGUGAAGUCUCGGCAUUAAUACUAACAACGUAGUUCUCUCUCUUUGCCUCGCCAGGGAAAGUGCUGAUCAUCGGAGGAAGCAUCGCUAACUUCACAAACGUGGCGGCCACGUUCAAAGUAAGGCGCCCAAUAACGGUCUUCGCCUAGUGCUGUGUCAUUGAUGGGGCCAGACAGAAUCUACGAGUGCAGAAUGUGUAUGAGCCCCUUGAAGUAAUUUGUAAUCGAAAAUAUAUUAAUUGGGUGUUUCCGAAAUACCUGUACUUGCGUUCUAAAUAGUAGGCUGAUCGGGAAUUUGAAAAUAUAAACUUUUAUAGUAUGUAACAUUUCUAACAUUUGAGUAUGCUUUAAAUGCCAGGAUGUCAUACUCUAUAUUUAUACAAAAGUAUGUGGACACCCCUUAAAAUUAGUAGAUUCGGCUAUUUCAGCCACACCCGUUGCUGGCAGGUGUAUAAAAUCGAGCACACAGCCACGCAAUCUCCAUGGACAAACAUUGGCAGUAGUAUGGCCUUACUGAAGAGCUAAGUGACUUUCAACAUGGCGCCAUUAUGGGAUGCCACCUUUCCAACAAGUCAGGUUGUCAGAUUUCUGCCCUGCUAGAGCUGCCCCGGUCAACUAUAAGUGCUGUUAUUGUGAAGUGGAAAAGUCUAGGAGCAACAACUGCUCAGCCACGAAGCGGUAGGCCACACAAGCUCACAGAACGGGACCGGCGAGUGCUGAAGCGCAUAGCGAAUAAUAAUUGCCUGUCCUCGGUUGCAAAACUCACUACCGAGUUCCAAACUGCCUCUGGAAGCAAUGUCAGCACAAUAACUAUUAGUCGGGAGCUUCAUGAAAUGGGUUUCCAUGGCUGAGCAGCUGCACACAAGCCUAAAAUGACCAUGCGCAACGCCAAGCGUCGGCUGGAUUAGUGUAAAGCUCGCCGCCAUUCGGCUCUGGAGCAUUGGAAACGCGUUUCCUGGAGUGAUGAAUCACGCUUCACCAUCUGGCAGUCUGACUGACGAAUAUGGGUUGGGGCUAGGCCCCUUAGUUCCAGUGAAGGUUGAUCUUAACGCUAAAGCAUACAAUGACAUUCUAGACUAUUCUGUACUUCCAGCUUUGUGGCAACAGUUUGGGGAAGGUCCUUUCCCGUUUCAGCAUGACAAUGCCCCCGUGCACAAAGCGAGGUCCAUACAGAAAUGUUUUUUUGAGAUAGGUGUGGAAGAAAUGUACUGGCCUACACAGAGCCCUGACCUCAACCCCAUCGAACACCUUUGGGAUGAAUUAGAAUGCCGACUGCGAGCCAGGCCUAAUCGCCCAACGUCAGUGCCCGACCUCACUAAUGCUCUUGUGUCUGAAUGGAAGCAAGUCCCCGCAGCAAUGUUCCAACAUCUAGUGGAAAGCCUUCCCAGAAGAGUGGAGGCUGUUAUAGCAGCAAAGGGGGGACCAAAUCCAUAUUAAUGCCCAGAAUCUUGGAAUGAGCAGGUGUCCACGUACUUUUGGUCAUGUAGUCUACUCAGACUUUUCAUCUAGUAUUUGCUGCACACUAUUGAGGAAGAGAUGCAUAUUUUCAGACCCAUGUGUGUUUGACAACAGCUGAUAAUCAGAUAAGAGGAUGGGCUAUAGCAAAAUGGACAAAGGGCGGGAAACAACGCAAUUGAGCAUUUAGAUGACGAUUUUUCAGUAUGGGUGAGCCUAGUAUGUUUAUUUGUUGCUGAAUUCAUGCUUUUAUACUAAACAGUACUUUCUAAAUGGUAUAUAGUAGGAUUAGUAUACAGUAUGUUUUAAUAAGUAGUAGGCAAAACCGAUUUCGGACACAGAGGUUCUCUAUUUGGAUCCACAUGAGCUGAUGCCUAGUCUUCCUGGCAAAAUUCUAACAUUUUAGAAUCUGUUCAAUCAAACCAAAUAAUGCCAGUAAACAAUCUAAAACAUGUUACAGUUUCAUAUAUACAAAAUUCUAUAAGAGCAGAUUUUGAAAAACCACCCUGCAGAUUUCGUCCAUCCCUAGCCAUUGUGCCUGCCUUAAUCCCAUGCUUUGAACAAGGCAUGUGUAUCCAUAUAUUUUACCAUGUUGUGCUCUCCCCUUGUCCACCACUAGGGUAUCGUCAGGGCUAUCAAAGACUACCAGGGACCCCUGAAGGAGAAUGAGGUCACCAUCUUUGUGCGUCGCGGCGGCCCCAACUACCAGGAGGGCCUGAGAGUGAUGGGAGAAGUGGGUGAGUCCAGGCUGCACAUUCACUCCAACAAGUUGGCUACAUUCCGUUUCUCUGCCCUACUCCCGAAGUGUGCACUUGUACACUCCCCCUCAUGGAUUUAGAAGGAAUGGACUGGUGUGAUGAAUAUGGUGGUAACUCCCUCCAGCCAUGCUUGCAUCAAAACAAUGCAUGAGGUGGAGUAAACGAAUGCACACUUGUGGAGAAGGAUAGAGAAUUGAAACGUAGCAAUUGUCCCCCUCCUCCCUUCUGCCAACGUUUACUCCCAUUCUCUGAUCCGAGACGACUGUCCAGGACUGCAUCCCGAAUGGCUCCUUAUUCCUUAAGUACCGUAAUUUUCUGACUAUAAGCAGCGCCUUUUUUCCCCAUUUUUCGACCCUGCGGCUUAUAUAACGGUGCGGCUAAUCUAUGGAUUUUUACAGCUAACGGCCACUAGAAGACCUCCUAGGUAUUAAACAUUAAAACACCUGCGGCUUAUAGUCCAGUGCGGCUUAUAUACAGUGGGGGAAAAAAGUAUUUAGUCAGCCACCAAUUGUGCAAGUUCUCCCACUUAAAAAUAUGAGAGAGGCCUGUAAUUUUCAUCAUAGGUACACGUCAACUAUGACAGACAAAAUGAGGAAAAAAAAUCCAGAAAAUCACAUUGUAGGAUCUUUAAUGAAUGUAUUUGCAAAUUAUGGUGGAAAAUAAGUAUUUGGUCAAUAACAAAAGUUUCUCAAUACUUUGUUAUAUACCCUUUGUUGGCAAUGACACAGGUCAAACGUUUUCUGUAAGUCUUUACAAGUUUUUCACACACUGUUGCUGGUAUUUUGGCCCAUUCCUCCAUGCAGAUCUCCUCUAGAGCAGUGAUGUUUUGGGGCUGUCGCUGGGCAACACAGACUUUCAACUCCCUCCAAAGAUUUUCUAUGGGGUUGAGAUCUGGAGACUGGCUAGGCCACUCCAGGACCUUGAAAUGCUUCUUACGAAGCCACUCCUUCGUUGCCCGGGCGGUGUGUUUGGGAUCAUUGUCAUGCUGAAAGACCCAGCCACGUUUCAUCUUCAAUGCCCUUGCUGAUGGAAGGAGGUUUUCACUCAAAAUCUCACGAUACAUGGCCCCAUUCAUUCUUUCCUUUACACGGAUCAGUCAUCCUGGUCCCUUUGCAGAAAAACAGCCCCAAAGCAUGAUGUUUCCACCCCCAUGCUUCACAGUAGGUAUGGUGUUCUUUGGAUGCAACUCAGCAUUCUUUGUCCUCCAAACACGACGAGUUGAGUUUUUACCAAAAAGUUCUAUUUUGGUUUCAUCUGACCAUAUGACAUUCUCCCAAUCCUCUUCUGGAUCAUCAAAAUGCACUCUAGCAAACUUCAGACGGGCCUGGACAUGUACUGACUUAAGCAGGGGGACACGUCUCGCACUGCAGGAUUUGAGUCCCUGGCGGCGUAGUGUGUUACUGAUGGUAGGCUUUGUUACUUUGGUCCCAGCUCUCUGCAGGUCAUUCACUAGGUCCCCCCGUGUGGUUCUGGGAUUGUGAUCGUUUUGACCCCACGGGGUGAGAUCUUGCGUGGAGCCCCAGAUCGAGGGAGAUUAUCAGUGGUCUUGUAUGUCUUCCAUUUCCUAAUAAUUGCUUCCACAGUUGAUUUCUUCAAACCAAGCUGCUUACCUAUUGCAGAUUCAGUCUUCCCAGCCUGGUGCAGGUCUACAAUUUUGUUUCUGGUGUCCUUUGACAGCUCUUUGGUCUUGGCCAUAGUGGAGUUUGGAGUGUGACUGUUUGAGGUUGUGGACAGGUGUCUUUUAUACUGAUAACAAGUUCAAACAUGUGCCAUUAAUACAGGUAACGAGUGGAGAACAGAGGAGCCUCUUAAAGAAGAAGUUACAGGUCUGUGAGAGCCAGAAAUCUUGCUUGUUUGUAGGUGACCAAAUACUUAUUUUCCACCAUAAUUUGCAAAUAAAUUCAUUAAAAAUCCUACAAUGUUAUUUUGUGGAUUUUUUUUUCUCAAUUUGUGUGUCAUAGUUGACGUGUACCUAUGAUGAAAAUUACAGGCCUCUCUCAUCUUUUUAAGUGGGAGAACUUGCACAAUUGGUGGCUGACUAAAUACUUUUUUCCCCCCACUGUAUGUACACAUCAUUCAAUUUAGCUGCUGCGGCUUAUACUCCGGUGCGCCUUAUAGUGCGGAAAAUACGGUAGUGCUCUACUUUUGACCAGGGCCCAUAGGGUGCUAUGGGCCCUAGUUGAAGCGUUGAUGCCGCUUAGUUUCUGCCACAUUGCUUUCACCUAUCGCGUCCUAUCAGAUGUGA